CGUAAUCUAACGGUUGUUGUGUUUCUUGCCACAUGCCACAUACCAGUCAAACUCUCUAGAGGCCGCCCCGCAUACAAAGUGUUGAAUGGAAUUUUAGGGAAAAAUAAUCACACAGAUAAUACAAUUUGAGUGAAUUUACGGGAAAACUCUCCAGCGAGAUACUUGUACCUCGCCGAUAAACUGUAAAUUGUGUGUGCGUGUGUUGUGGUGUGCGAAAAUCGAAGGGAUUUACGGAUAUUUUCCAUAAACAAAAUCGCGCUUCGUUGAUUCUGUUUCUGAUUCGAUUAAGGGUCUCUCGCGACGCUCGGGCAACCGACUCCCGAUUCCGGACACCGAUUCCAUGCUGCUAUUAUCACCGUCUCCGGGCUCCACUCUCGUACUCUCUCUCUCAGUGCAAAUUCUGCCACAUAGAAAAUCGUGAAAUUGAACACACCGCUGGCCACGCAUCUAGCAGCCGCUCGCUCCAGCACCUUCGCCACAUUGAAAGCAGCAAGACAAAGAUUUUUAAUUAAAUUAAGAGAGUGAAAAAUAGCAGCACAGCACGCAAAAACAGCACCACCGUUCUACGCUCCCCGGCGUUUAAUGCAAACAAUCAGCACAGAAAUUAAAUAUUUAAAUAUUUGUUUAUGGGGAAAUUGUGCGGCAUUUUAAAUUAGGACGCUCAAACGGAACCGCCAGUACCAAACCAGUGUGCCAGAGCCAGUGUCAGUGCCAGUGUUUGUAUCUGUGUGUGCCGCUCCGUGCCACAGUGCCGCAGAGUGAAUGUGAAUGUGUAUGUGUAUGUGCGUGUCGCAGCCGGAAAAGCCAUAAAUAAAGCUAAGCACACAUAAACAAAUAAAAACACACACAGAAACGCAUACGCAUUGAGAGUGUUGGGUCAAAGACCGUUGAAACCAAAAACUAGAGGGGAUUACUGUGCGAGGCCACACUUGUCGUCGAUAGCAAUUAAAACAGACGUCCCACCAGGCCAAAUAGCCAUCAGCUAUAAAUUUGCAACGCCCCAGGAAAAUGCAUUGCAGCAAAACAAGCAAUUAAAUCGGAGAAGGCCUCCGCAACCCCACAGUAAACCCUUCCUAGCACCCGUAACCGUAGACGGGAUACCAAGACCUGGGACCAGGGACCAAGGACCAAGCACCAACGACCAGGUCCUGCUGCUGUGCUAUAAACCUAUUUUGAAUAAUUAAAAUUCCGUAAGUGCUGCAGUCGAAGAAGUUGGCCAGAGGCACAAGAAUAAGUUGUUGCAGAAGAAGAACAACGAAAAGUAGCAACAAAAAGGAAAGUUAGCAGCGGUCCCAGAACGGAGUCCUGUCCAUUCUUGCAACACGAUCUGCGGCCGUGCAAAAUCGUGUGCAGCAAUGAAAUAAUUAAUUCAAUGCACCUGACUAAGCCUUGUGGCAGCAACAAGAGAAGCGGCAGCAGCAGCAGCAGCAACAAAGGAGCCACCAUUCCAAAUACAUUCCAUUCCAACAAAAGCAGCAACAAAAUGGCGAGGAUAACGCGAACAAUUAGCCAACAAAGCCACCAUAUCCACGAGAGGAGCCUGCCCCACACACUGCUCCUGGCCAUUGCAGCCAUCGCUUUGUUGCAACUGCAGCACUUCGAAAACGUGUGUGCCCAGAGCAUGAUGACAAAGAACGAGCCCAUGUUUAUAUCACGCUCGGAGACCUUCAAAUUCAUCACCGGCGAGACAAUAGUGCUGCCCUGCGAGGUGGCCAAUACGGACACCUAUGUUGUGGCCUGGAAGCGGGGUAUUGCCAUAUUAACAGCUGGUUCCGUGAAAGUGACGCCCGAUCCACGCGUGCGCCUGGUCAAUGGCUUCAAUCUGCAGAUACGUGAGGCCCUGCCAACGGAUGCCGGCGAUUAUAUUUGCCAAAUUGCCACGAUGGAUCCACGGGAAAUCACACACACUGUCGAGAUAUUGGUGCCACCGAGGAUUCAUCACAUUAGCACCGGCGGACAUUUGCAAGUCAAGAAGGGCUCCUCAGUGCGCAUCGAGUGCUCGGCCACUGGUAAUCCAAUGCCAAAUGUGACCUGGAGCCGCAAAAAUAAUAUUUUGCCCAAUGGCGAGGAGAAGCUCCACUCGCACGUCCUCUCCAUCGAGAACGUGGACCGGCACAAGGGCGGCGUCUACAUAUGCACGGCGAACAAUCGCGUCGGCCAGCCCGCCUCCAGCCAGGUGGUGCUCCAUGUUCUAUAUUCGCCAGAAAUCGCAGUGGAGCGUCCCGUUGUCUUCUCGGGAGAAGGGCACGAGGCCAUGCUGGUCUGCAUCGUCCAUGGCGAAACACAGCCUGAGGUAAUUUGGUUCAAAGACACCAUGCAACUGGAUACCACGGAGCGGCACAUCAUGGAGACGCGGGGCUCGCGGCACACGCUGAUUAUACGCAAAGUGCAUCCGCAGGACUUUGGCAACUACUCCUGUGUGGCCGAGAACCAGCUUGGAAAGGCACGCAAGACCCUGCAGUUGAGCGGAAAACCGAAUGUAGCCGUUUUUAAUUCACCGCCAAUCAGUCAGUACAAGGACAGAUACAACAUCUCGUGGGCAGUGGACUCGCAUUCGCCCAUCGAGGAGUACAAGUUGUCCUUCCGCAAGCUGCCACAAGGACAUGAGGUCGUUGGCAAUGCCAUUGACUCGCAAUCCUCUUCGUCGUCGUUGUCGUCAUCGCAGUCCUCGUCCUCCUCCUCGUCGCAGAUGUACGGCUCCGGUCUCCACUCGCAUCACAUUGGCAGCAACAUCGGAGGAGGAGGAGGCAGCCUCUCCGGCGGAGUCGGCAUGGGCAGCUAUGGCGGCUACGGCAAUCUGAUGCACUGGGGACGCAACGACUGGCGCAAUGUGGUCCUGCCAGCCAUGCCCCUCUCGCAUCACUACUCGCAGGGCAUGAGCUACAUGGUACGCGGCCUGGAUCCCGAUCAGCACUACGAGGCCACCGUGCAGUCCAGGAAUCGUUACGGCUGGAGCGAUUUGACCAACAGUUUUGUCUUCUCCACAUCAUCGAAUGAUGGACCUGUCGAUCUGUCCACCUUUUUGAAUCACGGUCUGUCAGAUAACGAGAUGCGCGAUCUGAGUGUCACAUUCUAUGGGAGCAGUGCCAUAAAUAGGCAAAAACUUGGACUCCUGGCACUGAGCUCGGCCACGCUGAUCCUCAGCCUUAUAAUGGCCUAAAUUCGAUUAUAAUUUGCUUUCGAUUUAAGUUACGGAUCUCACCGCCAAUAGCAGUAAAACGUAUCGUUUGGGAUUUUGUUUUUGCGAGAAGCAACAGAAGGAUGCACUCUAGUCGUAAAUGGUAGCCUAAGGAAAGAUAUAUAUAUAUAUACAGAUAUGUAAACGUAAUUAUAGACAUUCCUGCUACGAUUUCUCAUUCUUCGAUUCUCAAGAUUCUCAAGCAAACAAAACCAAAACAAAAAGGAAAACCAAUUUCAAAUUUAAAUCAUGACUAACCAAAACGGAAUAAGGAACCAUACAUUCUACGUGUAACAAUCAAUGUAAAAGAGCAUAGAACUGUUCAAACUAGGAACCAUUUAUGCAUACGGCAACUAACGAAUACACCCAUAUGAAUACACCCAUACUUCCACUCACUCACAUUCGCAUUUGCAGACCAUUCGAGCACUCAGAAAUCCAAGUGUAAAUAGAUUUUAUCCUACAUACUUUUAGGAUUAAGCUGCACCAAAGAAAUUUAUAUAAAAUACAUAUGAAUGUAUGUGUACGUACAUAUGUAAUUGAUCGAUCGGACAGUCAACCAUAUAUUACAUAUGUACAUCCAGAAUAUAUAUAUAAAUAUAUUUAAGCUUCAGUGUGUGCUUGUGCAUCUGUCACAGGCAAAUGGAAAAUGCAAAAUUGCAGCAUUAUGCAAAUAGUUAAUUUAAUUAAUCUAUAAAUUCAUAAACUAAUUAUCGGAUAUGCAAUAACCGCACCACACACACAACACACACAUUUUUUAGUUAAAUUAAUUUGUGAGAAAAACAAUGGUAAAAUCAGUGCAGAAAUGUGAAAAAAAAGAUUCCACUAAUUUGCAACAUUUUGAAACAAAGCGUGUCAUGCCACACACACACACACACAACACAAAGGACACACACUGGACACGACGCAUUUUGAUGGCUUAAAGCAGACAGAAGACAGAAUUUUUCUAGCUUUUUGCAAAAUUUGUAUGUACGUAGGACCUAAGUAGCUUAAUUGACCGCAUAAAUGCAAGUAAAUUAGU